AUGGCGACUACUGCGCAAAGUCCGACUUCGCAAACCACAAAUGGCGAUGCGCAAGAGCUACCCCCACCUGCCCCAGCGACAAAGAAAGGCAAAGCAAAGAAAGACAAGCAAUUGAGUGCAGAAGAGAAUGCGAGGUUGGUUCAGGCGCGGUUGUCGCAGUUGGAGCAAGAAAAAGCGGGUGAAAAAAAUCAACAAGCGGAGGUGGAUCGUGAAGUUAAGAAGGCCACACGAGACCUCCAUGAACUGAUGAACAGCGUCGAAGGACCCCUCAGCCGACUUGAUUUUGUGCAAAAGAAGUACGAGGAGCUAUUGACGGAAAUGAAAAAGCUGGAGCGUGAUUAUGCGAAGAACAAGAAGCGCGCCGACCAAUUGCAGAAGGAGCAGGAGAAGUCCAAGUCGGAACACAACAAAACCACGACGAUGAAGGAUAAACUUGAAAAGUUGUGUCGAGAACUGACAAAGGAAAACAAGAAAUUGAAGGACGAAAAUAAGAAAUUGGAAGUGACCGAGAAACAAGCACGGGAGACCAUCAACGAGCGACUCGAUCAAAUGCUUUAUGACGUUCAAGAAGUCAUGAAUUCCAAGACUACCACCCAUUCCGAAAAUCUCCAUCUGGAUCUCGACGAGCUAUUCAAGACACGAUGCAAAGUCCUAGCAGAUCAAGCCGAGAUUCGAGAGAUGCACUUCAAAGCAAUACUUCGCCAUAAAGAUGCGGAAAUUGCUCAUCUACAAGCCAAACACGAAGUAGAGCGGAGAAGGGCAGACGCAGAAGCCACCCGCUGCCGAACACUUACGAAUCAAGUCUCUACCUUCUCUCACACAGAAGCAGAAUUGCGAAGUCAGCUCAACAUCUACGUCGAGAAAUUCAAACAGCAGGUGGAAGAUACCCUCAAUAACAGCAACGAACUGUUCCUCACUUUUCGCAAGGAAAUGGAAGAGAUGUCUAAGAAGACUAAGAGACUUGAAAAGGAAAAUCUCACCCUUACGCGAAAGCAUGAUCAGACAAAUCGGAACAUCAUAGAAAUGGCCGAGGAGCGAACUCGAGAUAAGGAAGAUCUCGAGCGCCUUAGGAAGCAGGAGCAACAGAUGCGGAACAUUAUCAAGACAAUGCAGGAGCAAGGCCGUGGUGGGCCGAUUCAACAGGAGCUCGUGGACGGAGAGGGGACCGAGAGCGAUUAUGACGAGGAGUACGAAGACGAUGAAGAGGAUGAUGAUGCCAGCUACGAAGCGGAAGAGGAGUUGGCGGCGGAGAUCGCGAAACCUGUCUUUGGACCUGUGCCUCCACCGGAAAUGCUCAACAAAGCCAAUGGCCAGAAAACCCCGGCCGUCGUUAAUGGCAUCAAGCAUUAG